GCCAGCCCGUCUGGUUCACCCUGGGCAUACUGGAGGUUCUCAAAGGCUGGGACCAAGGCUUGAAGGGAAUGUGUGUGGGAGAGAAGCGAAAGCUCACCAUUCCUCCUGCCCUGGGCUAUGGCAAAGAAGGAAAAGUAUUUUAGUACAUGCUUGCAUGCCUCCUUGGAGAGAUACCAGCUUUCCCACCGGUCUAGUGCAUGUCCCUUCCCCGUCUCCAUCAGCAACGGUAAAAUACCCCCAGAGAGCACACUGAUAUUCAACAUUGACCUCCUGGAAAUUCGAAAUGGCCCAAGGUCCCACGAAUCAUUUCAAGAAAUGGAUCUCAACGACGACUGGAAACUCUCUAAGCACGAGGUGAAAGUCUAUUUACAGAAUGAGUUUGAGAAGCACGGUGCAGUGGUGAAUGAAAGCCAUCACGAUGCUUUGGUGGAAGAUAUUUUUGAUAAAGAAGAUGAAGACAAAGAUGGGUUUAUAUCUGCCAGAGAAUUUACAUAUGUGCAUGACGAACUGUAGGGAAGCAGCUGCCAUUUUUACACGCAUUCAUUUCUAACGGGGAGGCAGCACCUUUUUAAACAAAGCUUUUUUUCCUUUGCCUUUCUUGUUUUUAGUUUUAUAUUAUUUUUCUAUUAUUUAAAGGACCCCAGAGACUUUGUAAAUAUCCCUAGCUUUCUGGUAAGUUAUUGGGCAGUGACAGUUGUCUCUGCGUAGAGGACUACUGGGCUGCUCUCAUGUUCACACAGAAGCUGGUCUUGCUUGCUUGCUUCUAAUGGUAACAUAUUGCAACUAGAAACAUGCCACAGCAUACACUCACGGUGGAGCAUAAACCAGUGCCCUGGCCGUCUGCCUCCCUCUGUUUUCUCAAAGUUCUGUUACUGGAAUAUUCUUCUGUGAUAGUCUAAGGCGCUGUUUUCAGGUUACACUGAAGUAGUGUUUUCCUUACCUGCUUUUGAGUUCCUGCUUGUGGACAGGAGGAAUAUGGUGGGCCUUAUUCCUUAACAGCUUUGGCCUCACUGUGGAGAUAUACAAUGUUGAUGGGUAAGGGAGGCGGUAACUCAAGAUAGGCGUUCAGAGACUUCCCAGUGGCUAAUAAACUAUUACAAUGAGCCAGACAAAUAAUGUAUGUGUUUGUUCCCUUGUGUCAGGGCAUCACAGUACGGUGGGCAUGGAAGACAGUUGUACUUCUAAUCAGUGUUUACUUUUGAGGCUACCAGGUUAGCCUUCUGGUCCUUCAGUAAAUACAGUUCAUGGCUAAUAUAUUACUUUGCAACAGCAUUGAAUCGUGAGAGAGACUUUUCCCAAUCCUGACUCAUCAAAAACAAGGCUAACCAAUAACAGCUACUAUCAAUACUUAUCCUGGGUAUGAAAACGGGCCUUUAUUAUUUUAUCUCAAAUUGGCUUCCAAAGUGACUACCAAUUCUGUUUUUUAAAUUGUUUUCAUCAAAUUGGCUUUCAUCUUAAAACAAACCUCCCAGAUCUCCGUUUGUUAGGGAAACCUCCUCAUAGUUUAAAGUGCACUAUUGCCUGACUGGGGGUAUCUGACACCCUUGGGAAGCUGCUGGGUCUUUGGGUAAUUCUUUAGAGAUUUGAAGCUCUGUUCAGAGGUUGGCUGGUGAGCCCAGCCUUGGUGCUUAAUCUGUAGAAGCACCGUCAGUCCCUGAGUUCAGUCUUCCACUUCUCUGCUAACGAAGAAGCAGCAAGUUGGGCCCUGUUUCUCUUAGCAUCUUCACUUCUGGGGAUAGUACCUGCCAGUUCCUGGCCAAUCACAGCUCUCCUUAGGAUACAGGAAGGUCUGUGUUUUCUGAGAAUAGUCUUCACAAUUGCUUUGAAUUGUGUCACUCACCGUCCCAGCAACCAGAGAGAGGGGUCAGGUGUAUGUCAUAGUCCACCUGUUCUUGUCACUUCCUGCUGUUUGCAGACAUUACAUUGUACACUAGUUCUGCACUGACAUUGUCUCACCAAACAUGUUAAUGGGGAAAACAUACUAAGGACCUGUUCUUGAAGAUGGCAGGUAUAACUAUCAAAUGGCUGCCACCACUGCUGGCACUGAAGCCGGAAGGUGAUGAGAUGGCCUGUGAGUGUCCUGGGAUAGUGAUGUGUCUUGAAGGCCACUUUGCACCAAGCUGCCACCACCAGCUGUGCUGGAGCAAGGAAGAAGAGAGAAUCUCGAUUACUCUAUCACAUGGAUUUGUGUCGUACCUCAGCUAAACGUUCACACAGAAGUAUAGAAGAAAGAUGUGCGUGUAGAUAAUGCUUGUUAAAGCCAUCUGCCAUUUUGUAUAGCAGUGGGAAUAAUCAAACGCCAGCUGUGACUUCACAUGGGCGUAAUUUAACUCGUAGCUGCUCUCUGUAUCAUAUUUAGAUUUCUAUGUGUAUUGGGAUACUCUCUUUGAAAAUAAAGUUUAUUUGGGAGUCA